AUGUCAGCAAGCCUAAAAAUGAGCCUCCAAGACAUUGUUUUCAGACCUAAAAGAGAGAAACUUGUGCAUGUCUUGGAAUUAUCAAUGCCUUCCACUAUGCAGAGAGAGGAGCAAUCCUAUCUGUGCGUUACAGUUACCAGAGAAAAAGAUGUGAAAAUCACUUAUUUGAUCACUGUAGAGGAGAAGACAAGCAUCCAGUACAAAAUCGAUUGUAUGUGGCUGCUGAAAGAUCUAACCUUGAUAGAUGGAAAAGAGGCCAUGCAAGAUUACCCGAAAUUUGACAUGCAUUUUGAACAUGUUUAUAGCUGGGAAGCCUUCAGCACUGCAGCCAAAUAUGCGUUUACACGCUGCAUACGGAAAAUGAGUAAAAUUCACUACAGAAGGGACAUUGAGUUUGUGAAUUUUGACGACGAUUAUAUGAGCGCCACUGGACACUUCCAAGUAUCUGAAGAUACGAUGCUUGCCUUGAAACUUUGUAUACAGGUUUUGAACUGUCUGAUUCUGAGCUCGCUUACAUCAAUACCAAUCCGAAGUUACUGCAUCACAGUCAGUGGAGUUACACCUGGUGCAGAGUGA